GUGGGCCCUGGAGAGAGACGCAGCAGCCACACCCCCUCCUCCCUGCACCAAGAUGCCUCAGCCUCCCCUAGUGAUAGAGAGGUAAGACAUGAGUGUCAUCCAAUGAUGUAUGUAAUGUCAUCUGACCUACACUACAGUCCUCUGUGGAUGUGCUUUGGCUCUCCACUGCAACAGCAGCUUGCACAGAAAUAGGCCUACAGUAAGCACUGCCACUUUAGGAUCAAUUCCUUGUAAGGAUUGCUUGCAGUAAUGUUAUAUUUUUACAUUUUAGUCAUUUUAGCAGACGCUCUUAUCCAGAGCGACUUACAGGAUUAAUUAGGGUUAAGUGCCUUGCUCAAGGGCACGUCGACAGAUUUUUCACCUAGUCGGCUCGGGGAUUAGAACCAGCGACCUUUCGGUUACUGGCACAACGCUCUUAACCACCAAGCUACCUACCUAGUUUCUUGGAAACAGAUUAAGUAUUGGGCCUAGUCCUGUCCGGACUACAAAACACCUUCAAUGGAGAUUCUAGGAACUAGGAUUAAUCUGUGUUCAGGAAACUGUCCCUUACUGUUUAUCAUUAGACAUAGGUCUAGUAGAUCAUAUGAUUUGUAGGUCCCAAAGCCCUGGUUACCUUCUGUUCCUGUAACACCUCUUGGAUCGAUGACUUAGGCCAGGACUCUUCAAUUCCGGUCCUGGAGGGCCGAAACACGUCUGGUUUUCAACCUCUCCUUCUAAUCAGGGACUGAUUGAGACCUGGCACACCAGGUGUGUGCAAUUAACUACCAGGUAGAAACAAAAACCAGAAGUGUUUCAGCCCUCCAGGACCGGAGUUAAAGAGCCCUGACUUGAGCCUGUCUGCAAUGCUUCCAGAGGACUACGCCACCAUGCUCUGCUGUAUCAUGAUAAGGGUUGAAGGUUUCUGUUGCCUCAGCAUAAAGACAAGCUGUUUAACAAGUAUCAUCCCUUUAGCCUCAGCUCUUGCAUCGAUUUAAAGCUUAUUAAGCUGACUAAAACAAACCAUGACAGACACAAGAUAAAGGCCUAAUUAGUGGAAAUUGUGGACUGAGGAGUCAGACAAUUCAGGGGUUCAGCUAAGGACAGUGCCUGCUUAGUUUCAAUCACUUAUUAGGCCUGAAAACUAGGUCUUUGUCACAUAAAUGACCAAAUGAAUAGGGCUAAGAAAUGUUUUCACUAUUUAAAAGAAGCUAAACCCAUUUGACUGUCUUCACCAAGGCCUAGACUCUUUUGGUGUUUGUUUUAUUGUUCAGGCCUAGGCUACUACUUCAAGUUAUUCAGUGGGUUAACCUGAACCACAAUGUGUUUUUAAAACAUGACCUUUGCAUUUGGAAUGUAGCCUUAACAAGUUAAGCAAGUUCUGAGGUAAAGACUGCUCUGAGGAAGGAGGCCAUUAUGCAACAGUUAGGCCUACUACAAUCAAUAUUCGUAUGAAGACUUCUGGGCGAACUCUGAUCAAUAGAGACUGACUUGAGUUAAGGUCUAGGUGGAUGGAUCUUGAUGAACGGCAAUAUAAACAUUAGCACUGAUUAUACAGUAAAACACUUAAAAUCACAGUGCAGUAAAUCCAAUAUCAAUCAGAUCCAAUCCACUCAUGUCACUAUUUUUAUUUUGUGUUAAACAAUUCUUUAUCUUAACUCUGCAUUGUUAGAAAAGGAUCCGUAAGAAAGCAUUUCACUGUUAGUCUACACCUGUUGUUUUACAAAGAAUGUGACUAAUAAAAAUAUAUUUUAUUUUUACAUUCCAGGUCUUCAGAUGAAAUAAACAUUUGACCAAAGAUACGCUAGCCAUCUUUAUUUUCUACACAUCCAUUUAAAAAUUCAUCGGAAUAAAUAAGCUACCUCAGUAAAUAAUCAAUUGAUUCUGCAUUUGAAAUCUGAACUCGUGCCAAAGAUAUUAAUCAUCCAGUCGCAGUUAUUCAAACCAAAUCCACCCUGAAGUUACUAGUAGGCUAGACGUCUCUCUGACCGCACCUGUCUUUAUCAUCUGUCCUGAAGGAAGGCCUUCCCACUGUAUGGCUUCGGAUAGCUUAGAGGCAUCCUCCUCCUCCUCCUCCUCAUCUUCAUCUUCAUAGGAUCUCUAGUUCACUGUCAGCUCCAGCGUUUACUCCUUUGAAAUCACUGUUUCUGUGCCCCACAAAAAUGUCGGCUAAUUAGCCUCAUGAAAAUAAUGUUUAGAGUAAAGAUGACUUCGAUAUCCUGAUUUAAAAGAUGUUAUAUUAUUACCUUUUAUAUUUUUAUCAAUCUCAGGAUAUGCUAUUGAACAUUGGAGGACACAGAUACUGGGAUGUCAAAUUGGGUAAAUGCCACAGCCCUGAUGUUGAUUGGUGUUCUUUCCACCUUUUUUUCUUUCUUACUCAUUCUCUCUCUGACCAGUUUUUCUCUUCUCUCACUCACACUCUCUGUCCCUCUCUCUCUCUCUGACCAGUUUUUCUCUUCUCUCACUCACACUCUCUGUCCCUCUCUCUCUCUGACCAUUCUCUCUCUCUCUCUCUGACCAGUUUUUCUCUUAUCUCACUCACACUCUCUGUCCCUCUCUCUCUCUCUGACCAUUCUCUCUCUCUCACUCUGACCAGUUUUUCUCUGACCAGUUUCUUUCUCUCGCUCUCUGACCAGUUUCUUUCUCUCUCUCUGACCAGCUUCUCUCUCUCUCUCUCUCUCUCUCUCUCUCUCUCUCUCUCUCUCUCGCUCUCUCUGACCAGUUUCUCUCGCUCUUUCUGUCUCUCUCUCUGACCAGUUUCUCUCUCUCUUUCUUUGUCAGAUUCUCUCCCUCUCUCUUGUCUUUUUCUCUCUCUGACCAGUCUCUCUCAUGAGACUCUGUCCAGACUCUCCUCAGCACUGUUUCACUCACACCAUGAGUGUGUUGAUGUUUUCCUCAUUGCUCUGUCUCCCCCCUCUCCCACCCCCCUCUCACCUGUGAUCUAUUAACACUUUGACCUGGGGUCAGGUGCUGGCCGGGAUGAUAGCCCAACCUGCUUUUCUCUCUGAGUAUACUAUCUUUGCUCUGGACCAAUCAAAACCAUCCCCCAAAGCACCUCAAGCGCAGGUCUCUCAGGUAGCCAGUGCGGUGAGUUCGGUUCGCCCCCUGCCCUCACACCCACCCCUGCCUCCUCUCCUCCUCCUGCCUCCUCUCCUCCUCCUGCCCCCCUCGUUCUUCCCUCGCUCCAGGGUAGAGGGUAGAGGUGAUGUCUGGCCUGCUGUAUAUACAGUGCAUUCUGAAAGUAUUCAGACCCCUUCCCUUUUUCCACAUUUUGUUACGUUACAGCCUUAUUCUAAAAUGGAUUAAAUACAAUUUUUCCCUUAUCAAUCUACACACAAUACCUCAUAAUGACAAAGCGAAAACAGGUUUUUAUAAAUGUUUGCAAAUGUAUUAAAAAUAUUAAACAUAACUAUUCAGACCCUUUGCUAUGAGACAUGAAAUUCAGCUCAGGUGCAUCCUAUUUCCAUUGAUCAUCCUUGAGAUGUUUCUACAACUAGAUUGGAGUCCACCUGUGGUAAAUUCAAUUGAUUGGACAUGAUUUGGAAAGGCACACACCUGUCUAUAUAAAGGUCCCACAGUUGACCGUGCAUGUCAGAGCAAAAACCAAGUCAAGAGCUCAGAGAAAGGAUUGUGUCAAGGCACAGAUCUGGGGAAGGGUACCAAAAUAGGUCUGCAGCAUUGAAGGUCCCCAAGAACACAGUGGCCUCCAGCAUUCUUAAAUGGAAGAAGUUUGGAACCACCAAGACUUCCUAGAGCUGGCCCCCCAGCCAAACUGAGCAAUCGGGGGAGAAGGGCCUUGGUCAGGGAGGUGACCAAGAACCCGAUGGUCACUCUGACAGAGCUCUAGAGUUCCUCUGUGGAGAUGGGAGAACCUUCCAGAAGGACAACCAUCUCUGCAGCACUCCACCAAAUCAGGCCUUUAUGGUAGAGUGACCAGACGGAAGCCACUCCUCAGUAAAAGGCACAUGACAGCCUGCUUGGACUUUGCCAAAAGGCACCUAAAGGACUCUCAGACCAUGAGAAACAAGAUUCUCUGGUCUGAUGAAACCAAGAUUGAACUCUUUGGCCUGAAUGCCAAGCGUCACGUUUGGAGGAAACCAGGCACCGCUCAUCACCUGGCCAAUACCAUCCCUACGGUGAAGCAUGAUGGUGGCAGCAUCACGCUGUGGGGAUGUUUUACAGCGGCAGGGACUGGGAGACUAAACUUGUUUUUGCUUUGUCAUUGUGGGGUAUUUUGUGUAGAUGAGAUUUUUAUAAAAAAUAUUUAAUCCAUUUUAGAAUAAGGCUGUAAUGUAACAAAAUGUGGAAAAAAGUGAAGGGGUCUGAAUACUUUCCCGAAUGCACUUUAACCAGUAAAGACUGCUUGCACCCUGCUCUCUCUCUCUCUCUCUCUCUUCCCGAUCCGUUUUCUUUGGAGUUUGUAACUUGAAGGUAUCUUACCACCUCCUAACCUUGCAUCUAAUCCCUUGGGAGUGAUUGGCUUGUAAAUGUGACUGUUGGGAUAGAAGCUUGUUCUGCAUUGUGCAUUGUGCAUUCUGCCAGUUUGUUAUCAUCCAAUACCCUAUCCUUCAGUUAUGUUGUCUAGGAGUUGACAGAAAUGAAUUUCCCCCUUUAUCUUUAGGUAUCCUUUACAGUUGCUUGCCCCUGAAACCCUACCGACCUCCUGUAUAUAGUUGACUAUAUAUUUUAUUCCCUUCCUAGCUCCAUCUUCCUACCCCAAAAGUCUUCUGUUUGUUUGUAGAGUUUAUAGUCAUGCGAUGUGCCUCCGGACCUUCUCGACUUAGCUUGCAUAGUUGAAGCUCUUCCUAGAGCCAUGAAAUUUUCAUUUAUUUGGUUUUAUACAUAUUUUUAUACCUAUUGUUUUGGUCAAACAAACAGCCCAUCAAACAAUACCAUACCCCUCAGGUGUUAGGGUGAACUAGAAGAAUGCACUCCUCACUCGUCCGCACUCCUCCCCAUUUCAUCUAUUAAAAUACCAUCGGAAAGUGCCACACAAUCUCAUGCUCUUAGAAUAGAUAGUUGUCCCCUGAACUAUUUAGCUAGCCAGCAGGGUUGGGGUUGACAUUCCAGUUUACUUCCUGAAUUGGAAUUGACGCCACCCUGGUUACUAGACUAGGCUAUAGGCUAGAUUGACCCCAUCCUGGUAACUAGACUAGGCUACCGGCUAGAUUGACCCCACCCUGGUAAAUAGACUAGGCUAUAGGCUAGCUUGACCCCACCCUGGUAACUAGACUAGGCUAUAGGCUAGAUUGAACCCAUCCUGGUAACUAGACUAGGCUACCGGCUAGAUUGACCCCACCCUGGUAACUACACUAGGCUAUAGGCUAGAUUGACCCCACCCUGGUAACUAGACUAGGCUACCGGCUAGAUUGACCCCACCCUGGUUACUAGACUAGGCUACCGGCUAGAUUGACCCCACCCUGGUAACUAGACUAGGCUAGAUUGACCCCAUCCUGGUAACUAGACUAGGCUAUAGGCUAGAUUGACCCCACCCUGGUAACUAGACUAGGCUACCGGCUAGAUUGACCCCACCCUGGUAACUAGACUAGGCUACCGGCUAGAUUGACCCCACCCUGGUAACUAGAACUACGGUAGAUUGACCCCCCCUGGAACUAGCUAGGCUACCGGCUAGAUUGACCCCACCCUGGUAAACUAGACUACGGCUAGAUUGACCCCACCCUGGUAAUAGACUAGGCUAGGCUAUUGACCCCCCCUGGUAACUAGAUAGGCAGAUUGCCCACCCUGGUAACUAACUAGGCUACCGGCUAGAUUGACCCACCCGUACUAGACUAGGCUACCGGCAUGAAUACCACCUGGAACUAGACUAGCUAGAUUGACCCCCCCUGGUAAUAACGGCACCGCUAGAACCCCCCCUGGUUACCCUAGGAUACCUAGCUAGGCUACCCAGCUGUACUACCACCUGGUAAUAGACCCUACCUGGCUAACUAGCUGUACCCACCCUGGUAACUAGCCCACCUGGACUGACUACCGGUAGAUUGACCCACCCUGGUAAGCUAGGACCCCCUGGUUACCACCUGAACUAGACUAGGCUACGGCUAGAUUGCCACCCACCUGGUACUGACUAGGCUAUAGGCUAUUGACCCCACCCUGGUAAUACUAGAGACUGAUACUUGUACCCCACCCGGUAAUUAGACCCAGGCCUAGGUACAACUGUAACCGGCUAGGUACCCUACCCGGUACCUACUGAGCUAUAGGCUACGCUUGACCCCACCCUGAACCAGACUAGGCUAUAGGCUAGAUACCCACCCUGGUAACUAGACUACUAGGCAGUUGACCCCACCCUGGUAACUAACUAGGCUAUGGCUAGUUGACCCCACCCUGGUAACUAGACUAGGCUAGGCUAGAUUGACCCCACCCUGGUAACUAGACUAGACUAGACUACGGCAGCUUGGACCACACCAUGGUAACUAGACUAGUAUAGCUAGAUUGACCCCAUCCUGGUAAUGACCGGCUACGGACUAGUUGACCCCACCUGGUACACUAGUAGCUAGAUUGACCCCACCCUGGUAACAGACCUAGGCUACUAGCUAGAUUGACCCCACCCUGGUGAACUAGGCUACCGGCUGAUUGACCCCCCUGGUAACAGACUAGGCUAUAGGCUAGUUGACCCACCCUGGUACUAGACUAGGUAGGCUAGUUGACCCCUCCGGUAAUGACUAGGCUCGGUAGUUGACCCCACCCUGGUAACCAGACGGCUUAGGCUAGAUUGAACCCACCUGGUAACUAGACUAGACUAGCUAUGACCCCACCCUGGUAACUAGACAGGCUAUGGCUAGAUUGACCCCACCCUGGUACCAAUAGCUUAGCCUGAUUACCCACCCUGGUAACUGAUAUGGACUACCGGCUGUACACCCACCCUGGUAAAAUGGCUACCCGGCUAGAUUGACCCCACCCUGGUACCUAGGCUAACUAGACUAGGCUAGCUAGUGAAUCCUGGACUAGACUGGCUACGUUAAUGCCCCAUAACCAGACUAGGCUAAGGCUAGAUUGACCCCACCCUGGUAACUAGACUAGGCUAUAGGCUAGCUUGACCCCACCCUGGUAACUAGACUAGGCUACCGGCUAGAUUGACCCCAUCCUGGUUACUAGACUAGGCUAGAUUGACCCCACCCUGGUUACUAGACUAGGCUACCGGCUAGAUUGACACUACCCUGGUUAACCAGUUAACAAGUGGUCCGAACCAUCCAGGCUACACCGCUAACGGUCACAACAACAAUACUAGACUAGGACAUGUCACUACUACGCUCCAGCUAGCCUACAAUAACAUCCUGCUGCAGUGACCCACAUGUACAGCAAUGCCAAGCCUUUGACCUUUGACCUCUUCAGCUGCUGGCUCCUAAUUGAGUUUGACUGUUUGUUUGUUAUGACUUCAUGGCUGCUGAGUAGGAAAAUGGCUACCACUUGUAGUUCUAUUUUAACCCCUCUCUGUUCUGUUACUGUACGUGUAAACUACAGUAGAGAGAUGCCUUCUAUGUUGUAGUUUAACCCCUCUGUUUUCUCCAAGUUUGCAUGAGGGUACCCAACUACAGUACCCAUAAGCCCCUGCAUUGCUCCUGUCCUAGCAAUACUAAUGUUCAGAGCUAUGUUAGAUGACUCUGUUAAUAUUGCUUGAUCCUAUACAGAGUAAUCAGGGCCUAGCAGUGCACGCUGGCUGGGUGUGGGACAUAUGGAAGACUAACAGGUCCAGGUACCAGGGCUGCGUCUGACAUGGCACCCUAUUCCCUGUUCUACUUUAGACCAUGUCCCCUAUAUAGUGCACUACUUUAGACCAUGUCCCCUAUAUAGUGCACUACUUUAGACCAUGUCCCCUAUAUAGUGCACUACUUUAGACCAUGUCCCCUAUAUAGUGCACUACUUUAGACCAUGUCCCCUAUAUAGUGCACUACUUUAGACCAUGGCCCCUAUAUAGUGCACUACUUUAGACCAUGGCCCCUAUGUAGUGCACUAUCUAGGGAAUAGGCUGCUUGGCCUGGUCCAAGUAGUGCACUAUCUAGGGAAUAGUGUGCCAUUUCAGACACAGCCCUGGUUAACCCCUGGCUAAGGUUGUUCUAACCUCCUCUUUCUCUCCUGCCUUAGAGAGGCACCACAGGAUCACCCAGAGGAAGCAUCAAUGGAGACGGGAGGGCUUCUCCUCAGGCAAGUUCUUACCUCAUCCUCCUAACAUCUUCCUUUUUACCUUCCCCUUUAAAUGUGGCUAUUGUUAUAUCCUGAUUUCUGAACAGGUAAUAAAGCAACUAAGAAUGAACGUUAAGAUGCUAUGCCAGUUAAUCAUCUGCAGAGAUAAUGGAAGAUAGUCUAACAGAAUCCUUUGUCCUUUAACCCUCAUUCUUAUCCCAUGUCUCUACCUAAGGCUGUCUAUGUACAUUUACAUGCAUUUCAGUUCAAUGUAGUUGACUGUCAUGGAAAUAAAUGAAGUAAUACACUCCACUGUCCUGUCAGUAGUACACUCCACUGUCCUGUCAGUAGUACACUCCACUGUCCUGUCAGUAGUACACUCCACUGUCCUGUCAGUAGUACACUCCACUGUCCUGUCAGUAGUACACUCCACUGUCCUGUCAGUAGUACACUCCACUGUCCUGUCAGUAGUACACUCCACUGUCCUGUCAGUAGUACACUCCACUGUCCUGUCAGUAGUACACUCCACUGUCCUGUCAGUAGUACACUCCACUGUCCUGUCAGUAGUACACUCCACUGUCCUGUCAGUAGUACACUCCACUGUCCUGUCAGUAGUACACUCCACUGUCCUGUCAGUAGUACACUCCACUGUCCUGUCAGUAGUACACUCCACUGUCCUGUCAGUAAUACACUCCACUGUCCUGUCAGUAAUACACUCCACUGUCCUGUCAGUAGUACACUCCACUGUCCUGUCAGUAGUACACUCCACUGUCCUGUCAGUAGUACACUCCACUGUCCUGUCAGUAGUACACUCCACUGUCCUGUCAGUAGUACACUCCACUGUCCUGUCAGUAAUACACUCCACUGUCCUGUCAGUAGUACACUCCACUGUCCUGUCAGUAAUACACUCCACUGUCCUGUCCAUCCCCAAACAGGGAGAGGAGUCCCAGUCGUUUACCCAGAAGCUCCGUGUCCCCUCUGUGGAGUCUCUCCUCCUCCGCGGUGCUAGCCGUGCCGAGGGCCUCUUCCGUUCCCCAUCCAAAGAAAGCUUGAACCGCAGCCCCUCUCUCAACUCCCUCACCCCCCUGGGGGAAAAUGUGCCCCUGGUCUCCCCCUCUGCCGUCCCUCCCACCCCAGCCUACGAUCCUCCGUCAGACAUUGAGAGCGAGGCAGAGGAGUCGUAUGGUAGCCCUGAGUGCCUGUCUGCCCUGUCUAAAGAACAGCUGAUCCAUCGGCUACACAGGGUGGAGAAGAGCCUGGGGAACUACAGAGGGAAAUACGCUGAGGUGGGGGUCAUAUACUCUGAGUUGGCUUGUAGAAAUUAGUCUCACAAGAAAUCAAAGUGUAAUAACUAUGCAAUCAUUAAGUAAUUACCGUUUCAGCAAGUCAUGAUUUACCAGUCACUAUGAUCUGGAGCAGGGAGUUAGCCUGCUGUAUGUCUAUAAUACAGCUCUAUGAUGUACCAGUCACUAUGAUCUGGAGUAGGGAGUUAGCCUGCUGUAUGUCUAUAAUACAGCUCUAUGAUGUACCAGUCACUAUGAUCUGGAGUAGGGAGUUAGCCCGCUGUAUGUCUAUAAUACAGCUCUAUGAUGUACCAGUCACUAUGAUCUGGAGUAGGGAGUUAGCCUGCUGUAUGUCUAUAAUACAGCUCUAUGAUGUACCAGUCACUAUGAUCUGGAGUAGGGAGUUAGCCUGCUGUAUGUCUAUAAUACAGCUCUAUGAUGUACCAGUCACUAUGAUCUGGAGCAGGGAGUUAGCCUGCUGUAUGUCUAUAAUAAAGCUCUAUGAUGUACCAGUCACUAUGAUCUGGAGUAGGGAGUUAGCCCGCUGUAUGUCUAUAAUACAGCUCUAUGAUGUAUCAGUCACUAUGAUCUGGAGUAGGGAGUUAGCCUGCUGUAUGUCUAUAAUACAGCUCUAUGAUGUACCAGUCACUAUGAUCUGGAGUAGGGAGUUAGCCCGCUGUAUGUCUAUAAUACAGCUCUAUGAUGUAUCAGUCACUAUGAUCUGGAGUAGGGAGUUAGCCUGCUGUAUGUCUAUAAUACAGCUCUAUGAUGUACCAGUCACUAUGAUCUGGAGCAGGGAGUUAGCCUGCUGUAUGUCUAUAAUACAGCUCUAUGAUGUAUCAGUCACUAUGAUCUGGAGUAGGGAGUUAGCCUGCUGUAUGUCUAUAAUACAGCUCUAUGAUGUACCAGUCACUAUGAUCUGGAGUAGGGAGUUAGCCCGCUGUAUGUCUAUAAUAAAGCUCUAUGAUGUACCAGUCACUAUGAUCUGGAGUAGGGAGUUAGCCUGCUGUAUGUCUAUAAUACAGCUCUAUGAUGUACCAGUCACUAUGAUCUGGAGUAGGGAGUUAGCCCGCUGUAUGUCUAUAAUAAAGCUCUAUGAUGUACCAGUCACUAUGAUCUGGAGUAGGGAGUUAGCCUGCUGUAUGUCUAUAAUACAGCUCUAUGAUGUACCAGUCACUAUGAUCUGGAGUAGGGAGUUAGCCUGCUGUAUGUCUAUAAUACAGCUCUAUGAUGUACCAGUCACUAUGAUCUGGAGUAGGGAGUUAGCCUGCUGUAUGUCUAUAAUACAGCUCUAUGAUGUACCAGUCACUAUGAUCUGGAGUAGGGAGUUAGCCUGCUGUAUGUCUAUAAUACAGCUCUAUGAUGUAUCAGUCACUAUGAUCAGUCCUCUCGCUCUCAUCCAGUCUGUCUCUAAUACGGAUGACUAGAGUAGGGACUUGGCCUGCUAUGCAUACAUGUCCAUGUGUAAUGUGGACAGCUAUAUUUGAUUUACCUUUCUAACCAUUGUCUUUAUCUCUCCAUCGGCUUCUCUCUCUCUCCCCUCCAUCGGCUUCUCUCUCUCUCCCCUCCAUCGGCUUCUCUCUCUCUCCCCCCCCAUCGGCUUCUCUCUCUCUCUCCCCUCCAUCGGCUUCUCUCUCUCUCUCCCCCCCAUCGGCUUCUCUCUCUCUCUCCCUCCAUCGGCUUCUCUCUCUCUCUCCCUCCAUCGGCUUCUCUCUCUCUCUCCCUCCAUCGGCUUCACUCUCUCUCUCCCUCCAUCGGCUUCUCUCGCUCUCUCCCCCCCAUCGCUUCUCUCUCUCUCUCCCCCCCAUCGCUCUCUCCCCUCCAUCGGCCCUCCUCUCCCAUCGGCUUCAAUCACUCUCUCUCUCCCCCAUCGGCUUCACUCUCUCUCUCCCUCCAUCGGCUUCUCUCCUCUCAUCCCCCCAACGGCUUCUCUCUCUCUCUCCCCCCAAUCGCUUCUCUCCUCUCUCCCCCCUCUCUCUCUCUCUCUUCUCCCCCCCCUCCUCUCUCUCUCUCUCCCCUCCAUCGCUUCUCUCCUCCUCUCCCCCCAUCGGCUUCUCUCUCUCCUCUCCCCCCAUCGGCUUCUCUCUCUCUCUCCCCCCCAUCGGCUUUCUCUCUCUCUCCUCUCCCUCCCCCGCUUCUCUCUCUCUCUCUCUCCCCCAUCGGCUCUCUCUCUAUCUUCUCCUCUCUCCCCUCCAUCGGCUUCUCUCUCUCUCUCUCCCCCCCAUCGCUUCUCUCUCUCUCUCCCUCCCAUCGUUCUCUUCUCUCUCUCUCUCCCCCCCAUCGGCUUCUCUCUCUCUCUCUCUCUCCCUCAUCGUGUUCUCCUCCUCCUUCUCUCCCUCCACCUCCCGCUUCUCUUCUCUCUCUCUCUUCCUCUCCUUCCCCCAUCGCUCUCUCCUCUCUCCCUCUCUCUCUCUUCUCUCUCCACUCUCUCCCUCCUCUCUCCCUCCCUCUUCUCUCUCUCUCUCUCUCUCUCUCUCUCCAUCGGCUUCUGUCUCUCUCCUUCCAUUGGCUUCUCUCUCUCUCUCUCUCUCUCUCUCUCUCUCCAUCGGCUUCUUUCUCUCACUCUCUCCCUCCAUUGGCUUCUCUGUCUCUCUCUCUCCUCCCCACAGUUGGUCACUACCUACAGAACAGUACAGAGAGAGAAAGAGAAAAGCCAGGUAAUUUUCCUAAACCACCUCAACACCAGAUUACAUAUAAUGAUGCUCUGUACUAUCGGAGGAUGGAUAAACACUUCUAUCCUCACUCACUGAAUGCUUUUCAUUAACUAAAGUGAUGUGGUCUUUUCUGCUUUUCUCCUCAGGCCAUUCUCAGCCAGAGUCAAGACAAAGCUCUCCGUAGGAUAGGGGAGUUGAAAGAGGUAGGAGUAGGAUAAUCAUCUGUCUCUGAAAAAUACCUGCAAAAUGUCUAACUCUAUCAAAGUACUGUAUAUGGGGUCUUAUUUUAGUCCAAAGGCACUCUGUUAUUACCCAUUACUCUCUCUGACCUGAACUCAAAAGAUUUUAGGAUAAAGACCACCCCUGAGUCACAGCAGUAGAGUUGGAACUCCUGAAUUCUUUAUCGGUCAUGACCAAAAAAACAGGAGCUGAGCUAAUGGAAGGAAGACAGGAGGAGGAGGUCAGCUAAGCCAAGGAAAGAGAGGAAGGAGUGGUAGGGAAGGGAGAAAACUGCAUACUUUAUUAUCAGAACAAGAUAAGGCAUUGUAGGUGACUUGUUUGAACUUUUGAUGUGUUCAGGAUGUAAUUUACUGAGACAUUUGUAAUGAAUAAACCUUGCCCUGCUUGAAAUGGUGUAGUGUGACCUACAUGUAGGAAGUAUAGGAUCACUAGUCUUCUCUGGCUCUGAACCAUAAUAGUGUUUGAUAAGGCCAUCGGUGUGAGCAAGGCAAUGCACAUAACUACUUAUCUUGAUCUCAUAAUGAGUAGUUAUUUGGGAUGUAAGGUGUUAUUGUAGAUCAGUGAUUCUGUGAGCAGUCCGACGGCAGUGUAGUCAAUCACAAACUAUUUCCUGUACAGUAUGUAGAAAGUAUAGAAGUAGGAGUCUCUGCUGUGAACUAUCCUCCCCAGGAGCUGCAGGUGGACCAGCAGACUAAGAAGCACCUUCAGGAGGAGUUUGAUGCUGCCCUGGAGGAGAAGGACCAGAUGAUUACUGUGCUUCAGACACAGGUUGGUGUUUAUAAGUCUACAAAACAUUAAGAACACCUGCUCUUUCCAUGACAUACACUGACCAGGUGAAUCCAGGUGAAAGCUAUGAUCCGUUAUUGAUGUCACUUGUUAAAUCCACUUCAGUCAGUGUAGAUGAAGGGGAGGAGGAUCUUGAAGGAUUGAGACAUACUAAACUUUUGACUACUUUAAUACACAUACAGUGCAUUGGGAAAGUAUUCAGACCCCUUGACUUUUUCCACAUUUUGUUACGUUACAGCCUUAUAUAUAUAUAUAUAUAUAUAUAUAUAUAUAUAUAUAUAUUUAUUUUUUAUUCUCAUCAAUCUACACACAAUACCUCAUAAUGACAAAGAAAAAACAGGCUUUUAGACAUUUUAGCAAAUGUUUAAAAAAAAAAAAAAAUUACAUUUACAUAAGUAUUCAGACCCUUUACUCAGUACUUUGUUGAAGAACCUUUGGCAGCGAUUAAAGCCUCAAGUCUUCUUAGGUAUGAUGCUACAAGCUUGGCACACCUGUAUUUGGGGAGUUUCUCCCAUUCUUCUCUGCAGAUCCUCUCAAGCUCUGUCAGGUUGGAUGGGGAGCGUCGCUGCACAGCUAUUUUCAGGUCUCAAUCGGGUUCAAGUCCGGGCUCUGGCUGGGCCACUCAAGGACAUUCAGAGACUUGUCCCGAAGCCACUCCUGCGUUGUCUUGGCUGUAUGCUUAGGGUCGUUGUCCUGUUGGAAGGUGAACCUUUGCCCCAGUCUGAGGUCCUGAGCGCUCUGGAGCAGGUUUUCAUCAAGGAUCUCUCUGUACUUUUCCCCGUUCAUCUUUCCCUCGUUCCUGACUAGUCUCCCAGUCCCUGCCGCUGUAAAACAUCCCCACAGCGUGAUGCUGCCACCAUCAUGCUUCACCGUAGGGAUGGUAUUGGCCAGGUGAUGAGCGGUGCCUGGUUUCCUCCAAACGUGACGCUUGGCAUUCAGGCCAAAGAGUUCAAUCUUGGUUUCAUCAGACCAGAGAAUCUUGUUUCUCAUGGUCUGAGUCCUUUAGGUGCCUUUUGGCAAACUCCAAGCAGGCUGUCAUGUGCCUUUUACUGAGGAGUGGCUUCCGUCUGGCCACUCUACCAUAAAGGCCUGAUUGGUGGAGUGCUGCAGAGAUGGUUGACCUUCUGAAAGGUUCUCCCAUCUCCACAGAGGAACUCUAGAGCUCUGUCAGAGUGACCAUCGGGUUCUUGGUCACCUCCCUGACCAAGGCCCUUCUCCCUCGAUUGCUCAUUUUGGCCGGGCGGCCAGCUCUAGGAAGAGUCUUGGUGGUUCCAAACUUCUUCCAUUUAAGAAUGAUGUAGGCCACUGUGUUCUUGGGGACCUUCAAUGCUGCAGAAAUUUUUUGGUACCCUUCCCCAGAUCUGUGCCUCGACACAGGUCCUGUCUCGGAGCUCUAUGGACAAUUCCUUCGACCUCGUGGCUUGGUUUUUGUUCUGACGUGCACUGUCAACUGUGGGACCUUAUAUAGACAGGUGUGUGCCUUUCCAAAUCAUGUCCAAUCAAUUGAAUUUACCACAGGUGGACUCCAAUCAAGUUGUAGAAACAUCUCAAGGAUGAUCAAUGGAAACAGGAUGCACCUGAGCUCAAUUUCUAGUCUCAUAGCAAAGGGUCUGAAUACUUAUAUAAAUAAGGUAUGUCUGUUUUUUAUUUUUUAUAUAUUUGCUAAAAAUUCGAAACACCUGUUCGCUUUAUCAUUAUGGGGUAUUGUGUGUAGAUAGGUGAGGAAAAGCAUUUAUUUAAUACAUCUUAGAAUAAGGCUGUAACGUAACAAAAUGUGGAAAAGGUCAAGGGAUCUGAAUACUUUCCGAAUGCACUGUAAGUGAAUUUGUCCCAAUACAUUUAGUCCCCUAAAAUGGGUGGACUAUGUACAAAAUGUGCUGUAAUUUCUAAAUGGUUCACCCGAUAUGGAUGAAAAUACCCUAAACUUAAAGCUGACAGUCUGCAUUUUAACCUCAUUGUAUCAUAUGAAAGUGCUGGAGUACAGAGCUAAAACAAGCAAAGAAUGUCACUGCCCCAAUACUUUUGGAGUUCACUGCAUUUCUACAAUUGAUAUGAAAUAAAAUAACAUUUUUGUGUUUCAAUGGGUGUAUGUUAAACGCUGGCAGAAUAAUGUUGAUUGUGUUGAAUAAUGUGUGGUCACUAGCCUGUGUUGCUCUGUGUUUUGACUGUGGUCCCUCCUCUGCCAGGUGGCCCUGAUGAAGAAGCGUCUGAACGGGGUCCCUGGGGGAGCUGUGGCCCCUGAGGUUGAACACCCUCUCCAGGCUGAAGAUAACUCAGCGUCUGCCCCACAGAGCCCCUCCACAGACACAGGUACCAUACAGUACAGACACUAUGCUGACCCACACCCCUGAUGAUGAUGAUGAUGAUGAUUGACAGUAGCAGACCUGGAUGCUAAUAAUGUCUGCUGCAAUGGAAGCAACCGAAUAGUGCCCAAGGAGCCAACCAGCCCGUCUGGCACUCUUGGCAGGCUCAACCAAACACUCAAGUUUUGGGAUUUCAAAUACUAUUUUUGGACCAAGGUCCGAGUAAUGUAGUGUUGAAAUGUUUAUCACAGAGCUGUUUGUCGUUUAUCGAGUUUAUAAAACUACAACAACAACACCAAGCCUCCGUCAUAGUCAGUAUUCCCUUUUUCUGACUGAGCCGCGUUACCUCUUCUAAACAGCAGAGGGCAGCGCUGACCCAUCUACAAUCAUGGAGGUGUUUCAGAAGGUGACACGCCAGGAGAAUCUGCUCCAGAAGUGUAAGGAGCUGCUGAGGACACACAAGGAGCGCAACGCCCAGCUUACCAGCGACAACAACACUCUGCAGGAGCAGCUGCAGGAGAGACUGCAGGACCUGGAGAAAACCAAGGUGUGUUAACCAAUGUCAGUGGAAGCUGGUGGAGGGAGAAAUGGAGAGGAUGUACUGUGAUAGUACUUAAUAAUAUAAUAAUAAUAGUACUUCAUGAAAUGGAACAUGAAAAUAAAAGUUGUAUGAUCAUAAAUUAGCAUUAUUGCAUUCCAGUCAUUACAGUUAGCCAUUUGGUUUAACCAUCACAUCCAACUUCUGAUAAACCUUUUCUGGAAAGAUAGUCUAAGCUUCACCCAAUUUUAGACGACCAUUUUACAUAUAGCCACCACAGAAAUGUCCGUCUGUACUUUAGAGCGCUGUAGUUAUGGCUGAAGAUGAGACGGUCUACUGAGUCAAACACAGAAUCCAACAGAACAUUGUUGUAUGGUCUGAAGGGUAACACCAUGUACACUACCAGUCAAAAGUUUUAGAACACCUACUCAUUCAAGGGUUUUUCUUUAUUUUGACUGUUUUCUACAGUGUAGAAUAAUAGUGAAGACAUCAAAACUAUGAAAUAACACAUAUGGAAUCAUGUAGUAACCAAAAAAGUGUUAAACAAAUCAAAAUAUAUUUGAGAUUCUUCAAAUAGCCACCCUUUGCCUUGAUGACAACUUUGCACACUCUUGGCAUUCUCUCAACCAGCUUCAUGAAGUAGUCACCAGGAAUGAAUUUUAAUUAACAGGUGUUAAUUUGUGGAAUUUCUUUCCUUAAUGCGUUUGAGCCAAUCAGUUGUGUUGUGACAAGGUGGGGGAGGGGGUGGGGGGGGGUAUACAGAAUAUAGCCCUAUUUGGUAAAAGACCAAGUCCAUAAUAUGGCAAGAACAGCUCAAAUAAGCAAAGAGAAACGACAGUCCAUCAUUACUUUAAGACAUAAAGGACCGUCAAUACGGAACAUUUCAAGAACUUUGAAAGUUUCUUCAAGUGCAGUCACAAAAACCAUCAAGCGCUAUGAUGAAACUGGCUCUCAUGAGGACCGCCACAGGAAUGGAAGACCCAGAGUUACCUCUGCUGCAGAGGAUAAAUUCAUUAGUUACCAGCCUCAGAAAUUGCAGCCCGUAUAAAUGCUUCACAGAGUUAAAGUAACAGACACAUCUCAACAUCAAUUGUUCAGAGGAGACAAUGUGAAUCAGGCCUUCAUGGUCGAAUUGUUGCGAAGAAACCACUACUAAAGGACACCAAUAAUAAGAAGAGACUUGCUUGGGCCAAGAAACACGAGCAAUGGACAUUAGCCCAGUGGAAAUGUGUCCUUUGGUCUGGAGUCCAAAUUUGAGAUUUUUGGUUCCAACCGUUGUCUUUGUGAGACAUGGUGUGGGUGAACGGAUGAUCUCCACAUGUGUAUUUCCCACCGUAAAGCAUGGAGGAGGAGGUGUUAUGGUGUGGGGGUGCUUUGCUGGUGACACUAUCUGUGAUCUAUUUAGAAUUCAAGGCACACUUAACCAGCAUGGCUACCACAGCAUUCUGCAGCGAUACGCCAUCCCAUCUGGUUUGGGCUUAGUGGGACUAUAUAAUUUGUUUUUUAACAGGACAAUGACCCAACACACCUCCAUGCUGUGUAGGGGCUAUUUUACCAAGAAGGAGAGUGAUGGAGUGCUGUAUCAGAUGACCUGGCCUCCACAAUCCCCCGACCUCAACCAAAUUGAGAUGGUUUAGGAUGAGUCGGACCGCAGAGUGAAGGAAAAGCAGCCAACAAGUGCUCAGCAUAUGUGGGAACUCCUUCAAGACUGUUGUAAAAGCAUUCCUGGUGAAUCUGGUUGAGAGAAUGCCAAGAGUGUGCAAAGCUGUCAUCAAGGCAAAGGGUGGCUAUUUGAAGAAUCUCAAAUAUAAAAUAUAUUUUGAAUUAACACUUUUUUGUUUACAACAUGAUUCCGUAUGUGUUAGUUCAUAGUUUUGAUGUCUUCACUAUUAUUCUACAAUGUAGAAAAUAGUAAAAAUAAAGAAAAACCCUUGAAUGAGUAGGUGUUCUAAAACUUUUGCACUGUUAUACAUCACCCAAAGGAGUCUUCAUGGUUUAGUGAUGAUCUGUGGUAUCACUAUAAAUCUCUGACAUAUGAACGCAUGCUGUACACACACACACUCUAUCUCUAGGACAGAGAGUGCAUCCCAAACUGCAUCCUUUUCCCUACAUAGUGCACUACUUUUCGACCAGAACCCUGUGAUGUAAUGUAUUGUGUUGUGUUGGAUUUGCCCCAAAUAUAACGCUUUGUCUUCUGGACAAAAAGUUAAUUGCUUUGCCCAAUUUUUUGGCAGUAUUACUUCAUUGCCUUGUUUUAAACAGGAUGCAUGUUUUGGAAAACAUGUUUAUUCUGUACAGGCUUCCUUCUGUUCCCUCUGUUAGUAUCGUGGAGUAACUACAAUGUUGAUGAUCCAUCCUCAGUUUUCUCCUAUCACAGCCAUUAAACUCUGGAGCUGUUUUAAAGUCACCAUUGGCCUUAUGGUGAAAUCCCUGAGCGGUUUCCUUCCUCUCCGGCAACUGAGUUAGAAAGGACGCCUUUAUCUUUGUAGUGACUGGGUGUAUUGAUACACCAUCCAAAGUGUAAUUAAUAACUUCACCAUGCUCAAAGGGAUAUUCAAUGUCUGCUUUUUUUUAUUUUUACCCAUCAACCAAUAGGUGCCUUUCUUUGCGGGGCACUGGAAAACCUCCCUGGCCUUUGUGGUUGAAUCUGUGUUUGAAAUGCACUGCUCGACUGAGGGACCUUACAGAUAAUUGGAUGUGUAGUGUACAGAGAUGAGGUAGUCAUUCAAAAAUCAUGUUAAACACUAUUGCACACAGUGAUUCCAUGCAACUUAUGUGACUUAAGCACAUUUUUACUCCUGAACUUAUUUAGGCUUGCCAUAACAAAGGGGUUGAAUACUUAUUGACUCAAGACAUUUCAGCUUAUCAUUUUAAAUAAAUUUGUAAACAAUUUUAAAAACAUCAUUCCACUUUGACAUUAUGGGGUAUUGUGUGUAGGCCAGUGACCAAAACAUCUAAAUGUGAUCCAUUUAAAAUUCAGGCUGUAACACAACAAAAUGUGGAAAGAGUCAAUGGGUGUGAAUACUUUCUGAAGGCACUGUGUGUGUUCAUGGUACAGGGCUGUGUGUUUGGAUGGAGUCGGGGCUCUACAGGGCUGUGUGUUUGGAUGGAGUCGGGGCUCUACAGGGCUGUGUGUUUGGAUGGAGUCGGGGCUCUACAGGGCUGUGUGUUUGGAUGGAGUCGGGGCUCUACAGGGCUGUGUGUUUGGAUGGAGUCGGGGCUCUACAGGGCUGUGUGUUUGGACGGAGUCGGGGCUCUACAGGGCUGUGUGUUUGGACGGAGUCGGGGCUCUACAGGGCUGUGUGUUUGGAUGGAGUCGGGGCUCUACAGGGCUGUGUGUUUGGAUGGAGUCGGGGCUCUACAGGGCUGUGUGUUUGGAUGGAGUCGGGGCUCUACAGGGCUGUGUGUUUGGAUGGAGUCGGGGCUCUACAGGGCUGUGUGUUUGGAUGGAGUCGGGGCUCUACAGGGCUGUGUGUUUGGAUGGAGUCGGGGCUCUACAGGGCUGUGUGUUUGGACGGAGUCGGGGCUCUACAGGGCUGUGUGUUUGGACGGAGUCGGGGCUCUACAGGGCUGUGUGUUUGGAUGGAGUCGGGGCUCUACAGGGCUGUGUGUUUGGAUGGAGUCGGGGCUCUACAGGGCUGUGUGUUUGGAUGGAGUCGGGGCUCUACAGGGCUGUGUGUUUGGACGGAGUCGGGGCUCUACAGGGCUGUGUGUUUGGAUGGAGUCGGGGCUCUACAGGGCUGUGUGUUUGGAUGGAGUCGGGGCUCUACAGGGCUGUGUGUUUGGAUGGAGUCGGGGCUCUACAGUGCAACCAUAUGCUCCUAAAUAUUUUGCUGUGCAACCUGGAAUUUUUAAUUUGGGAGGACCAGUCCACCUACAAAAAAAUCACCCAUAUAAUAAUUGUUGUAAUGAUUGUUGUAGAGAAAAUAAAAUGUUCUGGUGCUCCUAAAACCUGUAUUUAGUCAUUUCUGGUAAUUCUAAUCAUUGAGACCACUAACAUGAUAAUUAAUUAAUAUUAUCAUUAAUACCGCUAAUAUUGUAAUUUUAUACUGCCAAUAAUAUCAUUACUACCGCUAAUAAUAUAAUUAAUAGCGCUAAUAUUUUUCAUUGUGUUCCUAAAUGUAUUUGUGUGCUCCUACAUUUUUCAACUUGGGAGCAUCUUGUUAAAAAUGUCAGCGUAGAGCCCUGGGAGUUACAGGAUGCAUACGUGUGUGUGUGUUGAACCUGGCCAGUGUCUGGGAACAGGGCCGUUCCUGUGACAGAAAGAGCCAGAGGUUAACAGGCACUCAGCUCUCCUAACCAGCAUGGAGGGGCCUACACACACAGAAGCUAUCUCCCAGGCCACCCGUUGACCUUCGGGAUCUGGUAUUUCCUAUUUGUCUUAUUGUAUGUUGUCACAUUAGUGUCAUGGAGAGCUACAGCCCACUGCUGCUAAACCAACCGUAUGUUGUCACAGUAGUGUCAUAGAGAGCUACAGCCCACUGCUGCUAAACCAACCAACCGUAUGUUGUCACAUUAGUGUCAUGGAGAGCUACAGCCAACUGCUGCUAAACCAACCGUAUGUUGUCACAUUAGUGUCAUAGAGAGCUACAGCCCACUGCUGCUAAACCAACCGUAUGUUGUCACAGUAGUGUCAUAGAGAGCUACAGCCCACUGCUGCUAAACCAACCGUAUGUUGUCACAUUAGUGUCAUAGAGAGCUACAGCCAACUGCUGCUAAAUCAACCGUAUGUUGUCACAUUAGUGUCAUAGAGAGCUACAGCCCACUGCUGCUAAACCAACCGUAUGUUGUCACAGUAGUGUCAUAGAGAGCUACAGCCCACUGCUGCUAAACCAACCGUAUGUUGUCACAUUAGUGUCAUAGAGAGCUACAGCCAACUGCUGCUAAACCAACCAACCGUAUGUUCUCACAGUAGUGUCAUAGAGAGCUACAGCCCACUGCUGCUAAACCAACCGUAUGUUGUCACAGUAGUGUCAUAGAGAGCUGCAGCCAACUGCUGCUAAACCAACCAACUGUAUGUUGUCACAGUAGUGUCAUAGAGAGCUACAGCCCACUGCUGCUAAACCAACCAUAUGUUGUCAUAGAGAGCUACAGCCCACUGCUGCUAAACCAACCGUAUGUUGUCACAUUAGUGUCAUAAAGAGCUGCAGCCAACUGCUGCUAAACCAACCGUAUGUUGUCACAGUAGUGUCAUAGAGAGCUACAGCCCACUGCUGCUAAACCAACCAACCGUAUGUUGUCACAGUAGUGUCAUAGAGAGCUACAGCCCACUGCUGCUAAACCAACCAACCGUAUGUUGUCACAGUAGUGUCAUAGAGAGCUACAGCCCACUGCUGCUAAACCAACCGUAUGUUGUCACAGUAGUGUCAUAGAGAGCUACAGCCCACUGCUGCUAAACCAACCGUAUGUUGUCACAGUAGUGUCAUAGAGAGCUACAGCCCACUGCUGCUAAACCAACCGUAUGUUGUCACAUUAGUGUCAUAGAGAGCUACAGCCCACUGCUGCUAAACCAACCAACCGUAUGUUGUCACAGUAGUGUCAUAGAGAGCUACAGCCCACUGCUGCUAAACCAACCAACCGUAUGUUGUCACAGUAGUGUCAUAGAGAGCUACAGCCCACUGCUGCUAAACCAACCAACCGUAUGUUGUCACAGUAGUGUCAUAGAGAGCUACAGCCCACUGCUGCUAAACCAACCGUAUGUUAUCACAGUAGUGUCAUAGAGAGCUACAGCCCACUGCUGCUAAACCAACCAACCGUAUGUUGUCACAGUAGUGUCAUAGAGAGCUACAGCCAACUGCUGCUAAACCAACCCGGGCUGUAAUUUAGGUCUGUGUGUUGGUUUAGUUGGCCUCGUAUGCAGCCUUUGUUGACGACCACCUUGUGGCUGUGGUGGCCGGGCCUCAUGGGUGGUGAAGGCAGACUAGGGAGCAACUUUGAGAGUGGUGUGGUGCUGCAUUGGCAUCCGAAGAGCUCUUUUUCUGCCUGCCAUGCGCAAACAUUUUGGAACCUACAGUAUCUUGGUCCUUCAUUGAUUUUAUUUAACCUUUAUCUAACCAGGAAAGUAGCCUGGUCCCAGAGCUGUUCGUGCAGUAUAGCCAACGACCAUAGGAGUUGGCUAUACAACACAAACACAAAUUGGACCAGGCUACCAGGAAAGAGCCUUGAGGUUCGUGACCUCUUACGAGGACAACCUGUGCAAUAACCUGCGCAAGGUCCUGAUGAUUUAAACAAUAUGUUGUAAGAAAGGGUUCAUUCAUUUGUCUGAAAUCUGAUCUGAUGUUUGUACCCCUGCUUAAAGGUUAUGAGGGGUAGUUGGUUGUCUAAAUUCAGGGCAGUGUUAUUCACUACAGUGCCCUGACCUUAACUACGGUGGUUCUCCUGUUCCUUGACUACGGUGGUUCUCCUGUUCCUUAACUACAGUGGUUCUCCUGUUCCCUAACUACAGUGGUUCUCCUGUUUCUUUGAUAACUUCCAGAUGAAUAAAUGUUUAACUGUUAAAGAUGGUCCAUUAAUCCUUACCCAAAGAGCACCUUCAAUCUAUGCUGUAGCGCUUCCCAUCGUUUUUCUUCCCAUUUAUUAACAGCUCUCUCCUUCCGUCUCUGUCCUCAGUGACUUCACGGUUGCUUUGAUACUGUUAGAGCACAUGAACCCAUUGUUGAUGGAUCUCUGUUUGUUCGUCUACAGGAGCUGCACACCACAGAGAAGACCAAGCUCAUCACCCAGCUGCAUGGUGCUGAGAACCUCAUUCAACAGCUGGAGCAGGACAAGGUGACUGAAGAAGAGGGGUUCUUAAAGGGAUAGAUCGACUUACCUAGUCCUAGGGUGUUGAAAAUGCUAGCCAGGAGAUUCUGGAUAUUGCUAAGCCAGCUAACAAACUUUAAAAAACUGUUUGAAUGAAACAACAGCAUAUGUAAGUCAUAAAUAAGCUAAAACUUCAAUAAAAGUGAACUGUCCCUUUUUAAGGUUGGUCAUAUAUCUUGAUUUAAGUUGUUUUUAAGCUUCUGAGUCAGUGGAGGCUGGUGACACUUUAAAUCAAAGGACAGGCUCAUUGUAAUGGAAUGUUAUAACAACACAUGGAAACCAUGUGUUUGAUACCUUUCCAUUAAUUUAUUUCCAGCCAUUACAAUCACCCCAUCCUCCGAUUUCUCCCUUCCUCUACCAGCCUCCACUGUUCUGGUCCUGACUUUGAGUGCCCCUAAAAUGUCCUCCUCACUCCUGCAGUGAUGUUUAGUGUGAAUCCGUGAAAUAUAGACAUGUUUGUGCUCUGCCACUGAGCGCGGAGACGUCAGAGACACUCCAUCCACGUUUGUUACGCUUGACCCUUAACCUCUAGCUCUGCAGGAGAGGUGUGUGUUUGACCCCCAGCUCUGCGGGAGUAGAGACAGUCGCUCGUGAGGUCACUGAGGAAUGUGGGUUAGAGUUAGAGGCGCAGCGUAACAGUCAGAAACAAUUUAGGGGCCUGGGCUUUGUGGAUUACUGGCAGACGUCUUAAAUUAUUUAGAUAAAUUCAUGCCAACAAUGAAAGGAGAGAGUUUGACACACAUCCCAAAAAAUAACAGAAGUCUCACAAAUGUGCCCUGUCUGUUUCCUUGUCUUGUUUAGAGAUGAAACCUGUCUGAAUGGAAGUACACAAUCAUAACAGAUUAUAACUGAUUGAAUGCUUCACAUGAAUGCUUUCACUUUGGAAAUAAGUGUUUUCAUGAAUGUGCUAUCCUCUGAGAUCACAUCUGGUUGAUAUACAGCAUGUAUUAUUUUAACCCAAAAGUCCAAUUCAAUCCAAUCCUGGUUCUACUUUCAGGUCAUGGUGAUUGCAGAGACGAAGCGUCAGAUGCAUGAAACUCUGGAGAUGAAGGAGGAGGAGAUCGCCCAGCUCCGCUCCAGAAGCAAGAUGGCCGCCGCCCAGAGAAAAGAACUGCAGGAGCAGAAGGAGAAGUCUGAGAAAGCUGGUCAGUGGAUCUCCUCUCCUCUUCCUCUAGAACAGUGUGAAUGUACAGUAUCUAACUGAGGAUGUGUGUUUGCACCUUCCUCCAGCGUUUGAGGAGCUGGAGAAGGCUCUGGCCGUGGCCCAGAGGGCUGAGGAGGCGCGGAGGCUGCUGCAGCUCCAGCUGCAGGAGCAGGUGAAGGAGGUGGAGAGGGCCGGGGAGGAGGAGAGGAGGAGUCUGCAGCAGGAGCUCACCAGGGUCAAGCAGGAGGUGGUCACCAUCAUGAAGGUGAGGCACAUCUACUGUACAUCUAAAUACUAAUGAAAUACUCCUUCAGUACUUAUGGAGUAAACGAUCACUACUCACCCAGUACCAAGAGCAGGGUUGGGGUCAAUUCACAAAGUUAUCUAAUGUCCUAAUUGAAAGCAUUGAAGCGAAUUUAAAUGGAAUUGACCACAACCCUGACCAAGAGCUCUUUAGAACGGAGGAAAGCCAUUAGUCACUGAGUUACAGUAUAUUAACCAAGAGCUCUUUAGAACAGAGGAAAGCCAUUAGUCAGUGAGUUACAGUAUAUUAACCAAGAGCUCUUUAGAACAGAGGAAAGCCAUUAGUCACUGAGUUACAGUAUAUUAACCAAGAGCUCUUUAGAACAGAGGAAAGCCAUUAGUCAGUGAGUUACAGUAUAUUAACCAAGAGCUCUUUAGAACAGAGGAAAGCCAUUAGUCAGUGAGUUACAGUAUAUUAACCAAGAGCUCUUUAGAACAGAGGAAAGCCAUUAGUCACUGAGUUACAGUAUAUUAACCAAGAGCUCUUUAGAACAGAGGAAAGCCAUUAGUCACUGAGUUACAGUAUAUUAACCAAGAGCUCUUUAGAACAGAGGAAAGCCAGUAGUCAGUGAGUUACAGUAUAUUAACCAAGAGCUCUUUAGAACAGAGGAAAGCCAUUAGUCAGUGAGUUACAGUAUAUUAACCAAGAGCUCUUUAGAACAGAGGAAAGCCAUUAGUCCGUGAGUUACAGUAUAUUAACCAAGAGCUCUUUAGAACAGAGGAAAGCCAUUAGUCAGUGAGUUACAGUAUAUUAACCAAGAGCUCUUUAGAACAGAGGAAAGCCAGUAGUCAGUGAGUUAUAUUGUAAUCAAACAAUAAAAACAACCUCUGCUUAAAUUGUAUCGCACCAAUUUGUUUCUUUUUGCCUAUUCCCUAUUAACUAGUUUAUUUCCAUUUUGAUUAUUAUUAAAGGUUUGCCUCUUUUUCAACAAUUUACAGCUCCGGUGCAAACAUUUUGAGUUUACCCUUCCAGCCCAAUUGUUGUUAUCCUGUUACAUGAAAUAUUAUCCUGUUACAUGAGAUGUUAUCUUGUUUACAUGAGAUGUUAUCUUGUUUACAUGAGAUGUUAUCCUGUUUUCAUGAGAUGUUAUCCUGUUACAUGAAAUGUUAUUCUGUUACACUCCAUUUCACCUUCAAGACUUAGACUACGGAAACCACAGACAGCUACGUUUUUACUAUUUGGACUUGAGAAGUAUCUUAAUUACCGUAGUGUGCACAAAGCAUUUUAGUUUCCAUGUUGAGAUGCUUUUGUAACUCCCUCUCCAACACCAACUUUUCCUGAAUCAACUCUGCUCCUAAACUUCAUUGUGGAAGAACAAUUAUUUCCCCAGAUUUUCUCAUUCCUCUGGCUUUUUGUCAGGUAUCAGGAUACAGAUUGCCAUGUUCUUAGUAGUCCCACUGUACGUAUCAUCAUGCAUCACAGCACAUUUAGGUUGAAAAGAUUCACCUCUGUGGAUAACAAUAUGAUUCAUACACAUUGCGGUAGCCGUUAAUCAAGAAUAACCUAACACAUAUUUGACAAGGACAUUAACAUUCUCAUACAUUCUGGAUAUUCUCCAGGUAAAGUUAAAUUUCCCUAGCCGGUACUCAAACAAAGACUAGUGUUUCCCUGUAGAGUUAGCAUGGGCCAAGUGGCACCCAGGCUAGCAAUUCAAAGCAGAUCAGUAUAAUACCUGUUUUCAACUCUAUAGCUAUGUAAACGAAUGCGUUCCUAAGGCAUGAAGGCAUAUAAUCUCUUCAGCACAAACACUUUAGCAACAUUUUUACAAACAAAUGAUGAUCUGAUUUACUACUACAUAUCAGCAUGAUAUUCAGAGGAUCCCUUUGGGAGUGUUUUUGGGGACCCAUGGCCUUUGAUGUUGCUAGCGCGAUGCUCUAUGACUCCUCCAUUGCUGUCAUAUGAAGAAAUACUAUUGUGCUACUUUGUGUGUUGUAGAAAUCCUCAGAGCAGAAGAUGUCAGAGAUGGACAAGCUACAUAGUGAAGCACUGGCCAGUAAAGAACAGGAGCUCAACGCUCGAAUCAACCAGGCCGUGGUAAGUUCAUAUCGCCCUCUCCACUUUCAAGUUGUCACAUAUACUGCAAAACAAACUCUGUUAUAGUAUUGACCAAAGUGUUUGAGCUGUACGUUUAUAUCAGGAGUUGGAGACCCUGUAUUUGCGACCCUUUUGACUUGGCAGUGCCACGCCUGUUUUAUUUAUCAGUCACUAGGGUACCAGUGAGAAUGAUUUAGCUGGUCACGUUAGUUUAGUGUUGCAUGGUAUACUUAAACCUCUGUACUUUUUCAAUACUAGAACAUGAAAAAUGGUUCGGUACUCAAAUUGUAGUUACUUUUGGUACUUCAGUCUUUGAGAGAGGAUCACGUCUGUCUGUCAGCGCAGCCACAGUCCUUAUAGCACGAGAGCUCAGAGCCUGCUCCACUUACUCACUACUAGCUCUAGCCUGUCCUGAAGAACCACUGCACUCACUGGGAGUCUGGUCUGCAUCAUGUUAGCUCCCCACUCACUGGGAGUCUGGUCUGCAUCAUGUUAGCUCCCCACUCACUGGGAGUCUGGUCUGCAUCAUGUUAGCUCCCCACUCACUGGGAGUCUGGUCUGCAUCAUGUUAGCUCCCCACUCACUGGGAGUCUGGUCUGCAUCAUGUUAGCUCCCCACUCACUGGGAGUCUGGUCUGCAUCAUGUUAGCUCCCCACUCACUGGGAGUCUGGUCUGCAUCAUGUUAGCUCCCCACUCACUGGGAGUCUGGUCUGCAUCAUGUUAGCUCCCCACUCACUGGGAGUCUGGUCUGCAUCAUGUUAGCUCCCCACUCACUGGGAGUCUGGUCUGCAUCAUGUUAGCUCCCCACUCACUGGGAGUCUGGUCUGCAUCAUGUUAGCUCCCCACUCACUGGGAGUCUGGUCUGCAUCAUGUUAGCUCCCCACUCACUGGGAGUCUGGUCUGCAUCAUGUUAGCUCCCCACUCACUGGGAGUCUGGUCUGCAUCAUGUUAGCUCCCCACUCACUGGGAGUCUGGUCUGCAUCAUGUUAGCUCCCCACUCACUGGGAGUCUGGUCUGCAUCAUGUUAGCUCCCCACUCACUGGGAGUCUGGUCUGCAUCAUGUUACCUCCCCACUCACUGGGAGUCUGGUCUGCAUCAUGUUAGCUCCCCACUCACUGGGAGUCUGGUCUGCAUCAUGUUAGCUCCCCACUCACUGGGAGUCUGGUCUGCAUCAUGUUAGCUCCCCACUCACUGGGAGUCUGGUCUGCAUCAUGUUACCUCCCCACUCACUGGGAGUCUGGUCUGCAUCAUGUUACCUCCCCACUUGAAUAAUGCAACACGGUAUGUAGACAUUUUGCAACUGUUAAUUACUAGGGCAGGAACGAUACCAGUAUCGCGAUACUCGUUACUAUCAUGGCAAGGAAACCAAACCCGAAGAGGAUUUAGCUUCUUUAGGAAAACAGCCCUAAUGUUGGAAACAAUCAUUAUGUUGUCAUCCAGAGUCACAUUCAUUUACUUUCCAAGCUAAAGCACACAAUAUUUUACAUACAGCAGGUUUUUAAAGGACCAAAGAGUUUUUUUUCUUUCUUAAUUUUUGCCAUCUUGUUUUCAUUUUUGGCAUGUGAAAAAUAUUACGAUACUGGUAUCGUUCCAGCCCUGUUUUAACUGUUCGCAAAACAAUGUCCAUUACAGGCUAGAACACUGCAAGAAGAUACAAAACAAUGUCCAUUACAGGCUAGAACACUGCAAGAAGAUACCGGUAGCUUUCAGCUGAAGCUAACAUCAAUUCACUUCCCUAGCACUACCCAUAAUGCAUAAUAUGCUGAUUUCAAAGCUGAUUGUCACCAAAAACCAUAGUUAUUCCAAGAAACUUGAUUCAUUCACUUCGUCUCCCUGGCCUCACAUCUCUUCUCUUUCUCACUGUGUGUGAAUGAAGUCAUUGGGUCUUAGAGACGGCGUGCACUUUUAUGAAAAGAGAAUGCUUCUUUUAUUCAAAUGUUAUUGAUCAGUACAAUAAAAUAUGUCCCAAAUGGAAGGGAAACAGUGUUUGUUUUCCAUCUGUAACCCCAUGCAUUCACCUGUAUUGUGAAAGGCCUAGGCUACAUCUUGAUUUACCCAGUUUAUCAAUAGAGAUUAUUAUUAUUAUAUUACCAUUGUGUUGUUAUGUAGUUAGAUUAGUAAAAAGCUAAGUCAAAUUGAUUGUAUAAUUGGUUGUAAAAACAGACAUAGAUCAUGUCAUUAUCAGCACGCAGCCGAUUGGUGUGACCAAAUCAUGUGCUGGUGCCAACAACUGAAAAAGUUAGUAGCACCAGUGGAAACAGUCUAGAACCCUGGAUAUAUGUAGUUUGUGCAUAUUUCUACUUGUUGUUUCUAGUGCUGUUUUAUUGUGAGAGCUCUGAGUAAGAUUUCCAAUGUAUUUAUUACAUAUGGAAAAUAAACUUGAAACUUGAAUUGUGUGUGUUUGGUGUAGGAGCAGUGCAAAGAGGAGCUGGCCCAGGCUGCCAAGGAGAAGGAGCAGCAGUCUGCUCUGGCCCUGGAAGACUCAGAGCUGCAGAAGGCUGCCAAGGAGAAGGAGCAGCAGUCUGCUUUGGCCCUGGAAGACUCAGAGCUGCAGAAGGCUGCCAAGGAGAAGGAGCAGCAGUCUGCUCUGGCCCUGGAAGACUCAGAGCUGCAGAAGGCUGCUAUAGAGACCGAGUCAGAGACCAAUGAGAUACGGCUGGAGCUGGAGACCGCCAGAACUGUAAGUCCUCCUGUUGAACGUUUGGUUCUCGUCCAUGUUGGAGAGAAAUAUGAUGCGCCAUUAGGUUGAAGAUCCAGGAAAAUGGGUAAUGAAUACAUUAAGACUAAUGCAUUAUUGAUAUUCAUAAUUCAAAUAUUUUGGCGUUUUAGCUACUCUAUCUCCAAAAAUUAUAUUUGUUGAUUCUACAGCAAAUUAUAUACUCUACUGUAUCUACAAUAUUUACAUUGUUGGUUGAGUCUAUGGCAAACAUACAAUAAAUACUGCACAUCUCAUUACAGAGAAUACUGGAACUUGAGAGCUCUCUGGAAAAAUACUCCCAACCUGGAUCAGUUCCAUCAACAGAUGAUCGCUCCACUCAGAUGGAGGAGCUAAGGAGGAAACACAAGGAGGAGGUGACUGCAAUAGAGGAGAAGCACCGCGAGGAGCUGGAGAAGCACAAGGUAGAGUUGCAUCAGGAGGCCUUAGCCCAACACAAUGCUGUUAUGGAGGAGCUCAGGGCAAAACACAGAGCUGAAGUGGAGAUCAUCUUGAAGGAGAAAGAGGUCCAGUUCCAAGCCCAUCUAGAGGACAUUAACCAGAAGACGAUGGAGAAGCAGAAUGUGAAACAGACUCAGCUGGAAGCACUUUCCUUUGAGCUCCAGGAGGUGUUGAGGAUCAAACAGGUUCUCGAGGAGAGACUGGAUGCAGUUGAAAACGCUGGUGGGUCAGCCAGGCAGGAGUUGGAGCAGAGGCUACAGGAGUUGCUGACCAAGCACAGUAUGGAUAUCGAGGAGAUCAAGCUGCAGCACGAGCAGUCCCUGGGAGGAAUGGAGAAGAUGCUAAAAGAGGAACUCAACAAGUUGACGAUGGUGCUGAAGGAGAAAGAGAAGGAUCUUGAGGCUCACCUUGUCUGUGAGAAGAGCCUGAAAGAAGAGUCCGAGACAGUUCUUCAAGACAGGAACAUGAAAGUUAAAGAAUUGGAGGAGCUUAGAAAGAGUUUAAAGCAGGCCCAAUCAGAAAAUAAGGGCCUUGAGAAAUCUAACGCCCAACUCCGUAAGAUUAGAGAUGAACUCUCAGAGUGCAGGAGUCAGUUGAAAGAUUUUGCGCAAAAACUUGAAACGACUCAAAGUGACUGCCAGCAGAAAGAGAACUCUCUUCAACAAAAGGUACAAGAGCUUGAAACACUAGAGAAGCAGUUGCAGCAGGCUAAGAAGGAGCUCUCUGAACAGGAUACAUCUUACGCUGACCAACUGAACACUAAGCAAGAGGAAGAAAAACGACUAAAGAAACACCUGGAGGACCAGAAGGCUGCUCAUGAGAAGAAGGUGGAAAACAUUAAGAAAGAUAUGGAGGCCAAGUGGAAAUCACAGGAGACAAAGAUGGAGAAAUUUAAAACGAAGACCAAAGAGAUGCAGGAUAAAUUUAAGAAGAAGCUUCAGGAGCAAGAGGAAUCUUUGAAAAAGGAACUGGCGAAGAAGGAGUCAGAGCUACAGCAGAAAGAACAGAAACUUAAAGAAAAAAUCCUGGUGUCUCAGACAAGUUCAGAAGGCCUGAGCAGUGCUAUGUACCAGCUUGAGUCCAAUCACAAGGAAGAACUAGAGAAGAUGCGUGAAGUCCAUAAGCAAGAGAAGAAAAAGCUUGAGUGUUAUUGGCAGGAAAAGAUGGGACAACAGGAAGAGGAAAUGCAGGAGAAAUACACACAAAUACUACAGGAGAAGAUGCAGGAAGUGGAGGCGGUCAACCAGCAGCUUGGAACCACCAUGGAAGAAAAAGAGCAAGUCGUGCAGGAAGUGAAGGACUUGAAGGAAGAGUUGGUGAUGAGACAGACCACUGUGCAGAAACUGCAAGCUGAACUGAAGGAAGCCGCAGUCAAGAUGGAGAGUUUAUCUCAAGCUGAGGCAAUUUUCAAAGAGAAAAUGGAGGCGGUCGAGAGGAAUCUAAACACUGCUCUGAAUGAGAGGAACUCCUUCCAGGAUCAGCUGAACAAGACUGAGAAUAAGGCAAGAGAGAAGCUCAAGGCUCUGUCUGAGAAGUUUGUAGACACUGAGAAGCAGCUUCAAGCUCUUGAGGCUUCUAAGGGUAAGGAAGGGGAGGCAGUUCAGAGGAGACUUGAACAACAUUCUCUUCAACUAGAUGUCAAGGAAAAAGAACUGCAGAAGCAGUUCGCUGGGAUCAGCAAUGAAUUAAUGCGUUACUGCCGGGACAUUGAGGCCAGCAUCGAAGAUGGUACGAAGGAGCUCUCUGAACGAGUCGAGAGCAGAGUGAGAGAGCUGAAAGACAGGGUUCUGGGUAAUCAGAAGAAGGUAGCACAUCUUAAAAACAUUAUCCUUACCAAGGUUGACAGGAUACGCACUUUGGAGGAGCAACUCCAGCAGAGGACAGAGGAGAAGAAUAACCUAUGCAGCUCGCUAGAGCAGAUGACUGUUCAACUAAAUGUACACCAAGAUGAUAUCAAAGCCUUAACUGCUGAGAGGGAGUCUCUACAGAGGGAGGCUGAAAAUCACUCUCAAGCUCUCUCAGAAAAGGUCAUUUGCAUCGAACAGCUCAGUGAGGAAAACCGAACCAUCUCAGAGAAUGUCAAAACAAAUGUGGUGUAUAUCAGCAACUUGGAGAGUGUCAUAAACGAUUUGAAGACCCAGUUAGCAGGUAGCCUAACAGGGAAGGAUGAAGCCAUAUCACUGCUUGAUCAGCAGCACAAGGAGGAGAGAGAGAGGCUCGUAUGCCAAAUGGAGGAGACCAUUGACAGACUAGAGAAAGAGAAGAAAUAUGCAGUGGAGCAGGCUGACACCCUCAAGAACAACCUCACUGAGUUCAAGAGGAACGCAGAGUCCAAGUUCUCUCAGAACCACAAUACUGUCAAGUCUCUGCAGACCAGGUUUGAGGAUAUGGAGAAACAGAUCUCUGAGAAGGACGAGGCCUUACAGAGGCUGAUGGCCAGCAUCAACAAUCAGUCCAUCAGCAAGUCUGAGAUGGACCAAGCCUUGAGUGAAAAGGAGCAGAAAGUCAGUUCCCUUACUUUGGAGGUGGAGAGCUGCAACAGCCAACUCAUUGAGCUGAAGGAGCAUUUGGUCCUUAAGACAAAGGAGAGCGAGCAGCUAACUGCUGACCUGAAGGAGCAGCACAGUAUCAAGGAGCGUGAGAAACGAGAGCUCACAGAGCGUCUACAACAGACUCAGGAGCAGUUCAGAAUCCAGAAUGGAAAUCUAGUCCAGGCAACAGAGGAGAAACUGCAGUCCUUGGAGAGAGAGAGACAAACUUUGAAACAAGAGCUGGAGCGGCAGAGGGAAGCCUUUGACAAGACGAAGACUAAAGAGGAGAGUCUGAAGGCGGCUGAAGAGAAGUUGUCAAAAGACAAUGCUAGGAAAGUGGCUGAGCUGAAGAAGAAAGCUGAGCAGAAAAUCAGCCAGAUUCGGAAACAGUUGACCUCACAACUCGAGGAGAAGGAAAAGACUGUCAAAGCCCUUCGGACACAGUUGGAAGAGGCUAAGGCGGACGAAGCGACAAAAAAGCAGCGGGUGGAAACCCUGGAAGAGAAAGGAAAAUCCCUAGAGGAAGCCAUGGCCAAGAUGAAGGAAGAACAGGAGAAACACAUUGAGCAAGUACAUAGUGAUGAGAGACUGGAAAAAGAGAGCUCUUUACAGAGUUUGAAGGACAUGUAUGAGGAAAAGCUAUCAUCUCUUCAGAAAUACAUUUUGAACCAGGAGGAAGCCCUAGCCAAGUGGAAGGAAGAACAAGAAAAACAUAUUGAGCAGCUACGGAAUGACGAGAGACUUGCGAAAGAGAGCUCUUUGGAGAGUUUGAAGAACAUGUACGAGGGAAAGCUAUUGUCGCAUCAGAGAGAUGUUUCGAACCAGGAGGAGACCAAAGCAGAUGAGACCCUCUCAAGGCUUGAGGAGGUUGAGAUUAAGCUCAAGGAAGUGGAGGAGGAGAAAGUAAACCUUCUGGCUGAAAUCAGCCGCCUCAAGGAAGAUCUGCUUGAGAAGACUGAACUGAUCGAACAGCAAAAGACAGAAUUGGUUAGCUUAGAAACACAGGGUCAGAAUGCAGUGGAGCAUUGCACUGCAGAGCAAACCAAGAGUCUCACAGCAGGCAAAGAUUGGGACAACCACCCUCUGACGCAGGAAGAAGGGGAUGCUGAAUCUCUGUCGUCCUUGCAGAAUAAGCUGGCAGAGGCGGUGCAAGAGAAACAGAAGCUACAGAAAGACCUGCGUUCCCUGAGGAGGGAACACCAGCAGGACCUGGAGUAUGUGAAGAAAGAAUUGACCCAAGAGAAUGAGAAGAAGCUCAAGUAAGUUUGACCUAAUGUUCUGCCUUAGUGCUGUCAAUCAAACAAUCAAUCAAUCAAUCAAACAAACAAAUACAAUAGUUUAUAAGCCCUUUCUAUAUUUCCUGUUCUUACUUUCACAUUCUGUCUUUGUGGUACUUCCUCUGUGUUUUCUCUCCAUCCAUACUGUAUUUAAAGUUAUUCUCCCCAUUGAACAGGCUUGAGGUCGAAGAUCUGGAGAUGAAGCACAACUCGUCCCUGAAGCAGCUGAUGAGGGAGUUCAACACACAGAUGGCUUUGAAAGAACAGGAGCUGAGUGCUGCAGUGAAGGAGACCAUUGGUGAGUGGGAUUCCGAGCUUUCUUUUUCUACAGUUCACUUUCUGUUAGUCAGCACCUCAACAAGUGUUUUGGUUUGUGCUUCUAGCUAGUUAUUCCACUAUUACCAUUGAGACUGUCACUGGCCAAAACACUUAAAAAUGAAUAUCCACAUAAAAAAUUAUUUGCAUUUGUUUUGUGUGACAAACGGUUUAAAUUGUUAGUUUAUAGUCUGACAAUACUCUCAAACUUCACCAAUACAAAUUCUUAAAUGUUUGAUCAUUUGUCAUGAAUGUGUGGAAUUGAGUAAAAUCCACGUAAAUGAAAGUGUAAUUGGUGUUGGUGUCCUUUGUAGGACUCAUUUGAAGUUUUUUCUAAAUAAAAUGAAAUGAAUUAGAAAUAUGAGUGACUAUUCAGACAGAACAAUAGGGGUGAAACAGAGGUUGAAAAUCAUUGAAUUAAGAAACGGUCUCUUUCUGAAUGAAUCACCAUAUGUUUUGACUGUAGUCCAGUCAUUCACACCGCAUUCCAAAGCGGAAGUGAGUGACUGGUUUGGAAUAUGUGAACUUCAAGGUCUACUUCGUGCUUAGUUUCUGGGCCCGUAUUCAAAAGCCGCCUCAGAGUAGGUGUAUUAAAUCUGAUUGCGCAUCAGGUCCCUCCUGUCCAUUUCAUCAUAUUCAGUAUGAUCUAAAAGGCCAAACUGAUCCUAUAUCAGCACUCCUCCUCUCUUCUCCUCCAACCAGGGAAGGCCCAGAGCGUGGAGGUGGAGCUUAUGGACAGCCAUCGGGAGGAGACCAAUCAGCUGCAGAAGGUGAUUGCCCAGAAAGAUGAUGACUUAAACAGAACGGUCCAACGAUAUGAGCAGGUCCUCCAGGUACAGUACUGUAUAAAUGAAUAACACAUGAAUGUCACUAUGUGGUUAUAUAUAUAUAAUAUAUAUAUAUAUAUAUAUAUAUAUAUAUAUAUAUAUAUGUAUAAUAUAUAUGUAUGUGAUAUAUAUGGUGUAUGUAUAUAUAUUGUGUAUAUAUAUGUAUAUAUAUGUGUGUAUGUGGUAUGGUUGUAUAUAUAUAUAAUAUAGUAUAGAGUAUUGUGAUUAGAUAAUAUAAUGAUAUAAUUAUAUAGAUAUAGAUAGAUAUAUAUAUAUAUAGAAUAUAUAUAUAUAUAUAUGAUAUAUAUAUAUAAUAUAUAUUGUAUGUAUAUAUAUAUAUUAUAUAUGUAUAUAUAUAUAUAUAUAUGUAUAUAUAUAUAUAUGUAUAUACUAUAUGUAUAUAUAUGUGUGUAUGUAACUACAACAUUAUUACUACAGCUAUUACUGUGUAGCUACAUAGACAGCAACUUAAAGUAUAAGAGUAGAUUAUUGACAUUCAUCAGUAUACACAGACUGACUAGUUUGCUUUUAGAAAGUAGAUUACAAGUAGGGGUUACAGGACCAACAUUAGGACUCAGAAACAUGUGUCCGCUUCGUGUUUUGUUUUCAUACCACGAUUCUCAUAGUAUCGUGAUACUGGUAUCGUGAAAACACUAGUCCACACUAUCAUACGGAAACUCCUAUCAGUUCCUGACAUAUUUUUUCAGCUUUGAGCUUUAAAGGAAAAGUACAUGUGCUCCACCCAUCAUCAUGAAACUACUACUGACAUGGAACCACCUCCCUCCUGUCAGGCUCUAGCAGUCUUCAUGUUGGCAGCUAUUUUAGAUAUAGUUUUAGUCUUAAAAAUACUUUUUAGUCUUAGUCACAUUUUAGUAAUGUCAUCCUUCAUUAGUUUUAGUUAUUAUCAGUCGACUAAAACUCUGGACAAUUUUAGUCUAGUUUUAGUCACAGCCAUUUUAGUCACAUAUAGGGAUACUUUUUUUCCAGAAUAAAUAAUGAAUAUUUAGGCUUCCUCUAACUUCCAUCAUGUGCACAUUUAGAUAGCCUUGUCCAGCUAUGCCUACUAUCCCCUCGUAAAGCUGGCAACAUUGAAAUUGUUACCAAUGCCAGCCGUAAUUAACCAUAAAGGCUAUAAAGCCUUGGCUACAGGUUAAACAAUUUACAGCUCUGGUUUUCUCCCCAUCAUAACGUCCAGGGGGUGAAUAACAGUGGUUUCCUUUAAAAGGGGAGAAUUGGAGCUUUAUAAAAAUCUAUUACUGUACUCCUAAUAUUCAACAAAUAGCAUUUGUUUUUCCCAUUGGUAAAAAGCAACCGCAACUCGCAUUUGCGGACCGCGGCACGAGAGUGGCAACACAGAUUUAAUGAAAAACAGCGCACAUGGGAAAAUUGAGCUUCUGAUGUACAGUAAUCAAAGCAAAAAUAGCCUACAUGAAAUGAAGAGAUAGUAAACAUGGUUUCUAGUUGAGGUUAGUUACAAGUCCAGUGUCCUGGCUUCAUAUCAGUUCCAAAGAUUGACGAAUGAUGAAGAGACCGUUUGGGGGAGCUGGGCAGAUCAGCUCAGUCAGACCGCGCAACUGAAAGAUAUCAAUUCUGCCAGUGAGAGAAUUGCAUGAAAUAUUCUGCAUGCAUGCUUCUGAUUGGACAAAACAGAUGAAAAUGAGCUUAAUGUCAAAUUAAAAGUCCAUUAGUCUCACGUGGAAUUCUCAGCUCUUAGUCUCACGUGGAAUUCUCAGCUCGUCACAUUUCCGUCUACUAAAAGUAAUUUGUAAUAGUUAUAGUUUUUUCCCUCAUAGUUUACCUAAUAGUUUUCAUCAGGAAAAAUAGGUUGAGUGUUUUUGGUCAUAGUUAUUGUUGUUGAAAUGAACGCUGGUCUCUAGAGAGCUUUACUAAAUGACAGAUACCUUCUGACUGUAGCAUCUGCUGAACAAUUUACAUUAGACUACUAGACUAAGUUACUCUCUGUGUGUGUGUGCCUGCCUUCUGACUGCCUGUUAAAUGAUUUACAUUUUAAACUAGACUAAAUGACUAGAGGGAUAAUCGGCUCUGCUCAGCUAAGUAAACUACAGUAAAAGCUGUCUUCUCCCACUCAUCACCAGACAUAAUUAAAGUAGGGAGGCUGAAGUAGAGUAACACUGACUGACAAUACUGUGAUAUCAGACUAAACGGAUCCACACUGCUGACAAAAUAAAUGUAAAUGCAACAAAUAAAAUGUGCAGACAAAGGACUUUGGACAAAAUAUUGAUAAGAAGAAGAACAAAGAAAUACGUUUUUGGAAACGUCUUUUGGGGUAUUUUAUAAGAGAUGGAACACUGUGACUAGCUGUGGUUGUCCUGUUCUUCCCGUCAGAGUCGAGAGGAGGAGAUGGGGGACAGAGUGUGGCAGGUACAGAAAGAGCUGGAGGACCUGCAGGCAAGGACCCACAGCGCCAGUAUAGAGGUACGGUAUCUCAGUUCAUACAUGUUUACAGGGUGAAGCUAGCAGCACAACUAGCAACAUACAGUAGCAUUAGCCGCAGAGCAGUUUGGGGGUUAACUGCCACCGUCCACUGGUUGCUUGGCUCACUCCUACCAGAUUUCCCCCAGUCAGCCCUGGAAUUCAAACCGGCAACCCUCCGGUUAAUGGCCCGCCUAUCUUAACUUUGAGGCUUCCGCAGCCCCCAUCGCUGCAGGUUAACCGGUUUCCACAGACUAUUUAAUUUACCCCCGCACACAGGAUGUCAAAAGUGGUUGCCAUAUCUGUGGUAUUUUCCCACUGACUGUGUGUCCCAAAUGACACCCUAUUCCCUAUUUAGUGCACUACCUUUGACCAGGGCCCAUAUAUCUCUGUCCAAAAGUAGUGCACUAUAUAGGGAACAGGGUGCUAUUUGGGACGUAGGCACUGACUGAUCAGAUAGUGGAAACAAACAGUAGGUGUCCCAAAUGGCACCAUUUUCCCUAUAUAGACUACACAUUUUUACAAGAGCCUGUGCCUUUUGGGAGACUUGGAUUGGAUGGAUGACAUUUACAAUGGGAUUCUGUUGAAGCAAUACAGUAAUACAGUUUCCUGCUCGCCCCCCACACAAAGGACACACACACACCUCCGAAACAACUGCAACUGUGUUGACCCAACCCCUCUGUGGGCCUGUAUUUGAAACACCCAUGUGUUUGAUGGAAGGUAAGAUUUACCGGUUCAGUGUGGAAAGUCAAGCCAAACCCAGUCGAUGUAGGCCUACCCUCAGGUCCUUUAUAAGUUAAAGUUCUAACAGAGAUGAAGAGUUAGUUUCACUUAUCUUCUGCUUUGUUGUGGAGUAAAACAUGUGUGUUGGUGUGUGUCCCUGUCUGUGUGUCCCUGUCUGUGUGUGCCUGUCUGUGUGUGUCCCUGUCUGUGUGUGUCUCUGUCUGUGUGUGUGUCUCUGUCUGUGUGUGUGUCUCUGUCUGUGUGUGUGUCUCUGUCUGUGUGUGUGUCUCUGUCUGUGUUUGUGUCUCUGUCUGUGUUUGUGUCUCUGUCUGUAUUUGUGUCUCUGUCUGUGUUUGUGUCUCUGUCUGUGUUUGUGUCUCUGUCUGUGUUUGUGUCUCUGUCUGUGUGUGUCUCUGUCUGUGUGUGUCCCUGUCUGUGUGUGUCUCUGUCUGUGUGUGCGUCUCUGUCUGUGUGUGCGUCUCUGUCUGUGUGUGCGUCUCUGUCUGUGUGUGCCCGUCUGUCUGUGUGUGCCCGUCUGUCUGUGUGUGCCCGUCUGUCUGUGUGUGCCCGUCUGUCUGUGUGUGCCUGUCUGUCUGUGUGUGCGUCUGUCUGUGUGUGUUUGGGUAUGUUAACAACAGACCCCCACUUUAGACUUGAGUUCCGUUCAAGGUAAUUGUCAAAGCAUGUUGCUUACAUACUAUGCUGUGGUCAGGGUUCUUUGAGUGAGGUGGCUGGUCUCCAGAGUUCACUGGAUGCUGUGAGGAUCUCUCAGACUACAGGAGGUUUAAAGAGGCAGUACACCUCCUCUUCCAUCCUCUAUCCAUACCUGGGUUCAAUUACUAUUCAAAAUCUUUCCAAUACUUUAAGGAUUUUCUUCAGCCUGCCUGGAGUGCCAGAUGUUGUUUGGUGACUGUUCUAUCGGUUCCAUUGCACCAGGCAAGCUCCAUUAAGCCCAGAUAAAAUAUGUGAAUGUUCAAUCAAAUAUUAUCUGACCCCAGGUCUGGUACACACCUCUUCCAUCCUUGUUCCCAAUUAACCCCCUCAGAGAUAUUGGUUCACUACGCAAAGACAUUAGACUUUGCACGCACACCUACACACACCUACACACAUCACACACACACACCUACACACUUCACACCUACACACACCACACACACAGGACACACCCUCAUACUCACACACAAUGAAGUGCAGCUCUUUUCUCUUUCACCUUGUUGCAUAUUGUGUGGGGUUCUACUCAGAAAGGACUACCCCUAUUCAGGUCCUCACAGGCCACUAAUGUAGAUGUCAGGUCAGUCUCUCUGUCUCCUGGGAAAUAGGUCACUCACAUGAUUCUCCUAGUCAAGUCACAUUUUAUUUUAUUUAUCCAUUGUCCAGGUGAAUCCCAUUGAGAUUGGAAUAUCUUUUCAAGGGAGCUCUGAAACCAUUCAAAAACCAUUUCCCCAUUCAUUUAGGAGGAACGUCUCAAACUAGACUUUAAUGUCUGUAUUGAUUUGUUACUCAUGUCUGUUAUUGAUGAUUGUGUUGUUUCAGAUGGGUGUGGAGGAGCUGCAAGCCCAGCUAGCUGAGAAGACCACCCAGCUGAGUGAGGCCAGGCUGAAGGAACAGCACUUUGUCGACAGGGUGAGUGUCAAGGGGUGGUUCACAGUACCAACCCGAACCGUACUCUGCUGGCUUGGAAGUGUUCUUUUCACAUUGACCUUUCCAUUGUGGUUCCAGCAAUUGUGGUGGUGUUAUCAGGUCAGCCCAGUACAGCUUGGUUCAGUAGUGGUGGUGUUAUCAGGUCAGCCCAGUACAGCUUGGUUCAGUAGUGGUGGUGUUAUCAGGUCAGCCCAGUACAGCUUGGUUCAGUAGUGGUGGUGUUAUCAGGUCAGCCCAGUACAGCUUGGUUCAGUAGUGGUGGUGUUAUCAGGUCAGCCCAGUACAGCUUGGUUCAGUAGUGGUGGUGUUAUCAGGUCAGCCCAGUACAGCUUGGUUCAGUAGUGGUGGUGUUAUCAGGUCAGCCCAGUACAGCUUGGCUCAGUAGUGGUGGUGUUGUCAGGUCAGCCCAGUACAGCUUGGCUCAGUAGUGGUGGUGUUGUCAGGUCAGCCCAGUACAGCUUGGUUCAGUAGUGGUGGUGUUAUCAGGUCAGCCCAGUACAGCUUGGUUCAGUAGUGGUGGUGUUGUCAGGUCAGCCCAGUACAGCUUGGUUCAGUAGUGGUGGUGUUAUCAGGUCAGCCCAGUACAGCUUGGUUCAGUAGUGGUGGUGUUAUCAGGUCAGCCCAGUACAGCUUGGUUCAGUAGUGGUGGUGUUAUCAGGUCAGCCCAGUACAGCUUGGUUCAGUAGUGGUGGUGUUACCAGGUCAGCCCAGUACAGCUUGGUUCAGUAGUGGUGGUGUUAUCAGGUCAGCCCAGUACAGCUUGGUUCAGUAGUGGUGGUGUUAUCAGGUCAGCCCAGUACAGCUUGGUUCAGUAGUGGGAGAAGGGCAUCAGUUGGCCAUGGUCUGUCUCUCACUCUCUUACUCUCUCGCUCUCUUUCUCUUUCUUCACAGUACAGUACAUCCCUCAUUCCACACCACUGUAUUCCUCUCAUCCUUCCCAGAACUCUUUCACCCUCCGGCCAUCCUUAAUGACUGCUGGUCUCUCUUUCUGGAUUAAGUUAAUUGCAUAGAACAUUGUUUACUCUUGCUGUAACCUUAGAAGCAAUUACCCUGCUCCUUCCCACUGUGUCUCUCAUAUACACACACACACACACACACACACACACUGUUUCUCUCACACAUGUUGUCGACAGAUCAGUCUCUCUCCCUAACCCCUGGAUGACCAUAGCAGGCCAGUAUUCAUCUCCCACAGACUGUUCAGUACAGCUGAUUUUAAAAGAACAGAACCACUUGAAUAAAAAUGGUAACACUUUACUAAACCUGUAUGUAUAGCACAUCAGAAGUUGUUAUAAGCAUCUAUAAUACUUUACACCUGCAGACUUAGUGUUACCAGAAAAGGAAUGCCUUUUUAUUGAUUUAUUGCAUUUUAAAUCCUUUGUACUGUACUCUCUCUCUCCUAGAUACACUCGCUGGAGGAGUCAUGUUUUUGUACUGUACUCUCUCUCUCCUAGAUCCACUCGCUGGAGGAGUCAUGUUUUUGUACUGUACUCUCUCUCUCCUAGAUCCACUCGCUGGAGGAGUCAUGUUUUUGUACUGUACUCUCUCUCUCCUAGAUCCACUCGCUGGAGGAGUCAUGUUUUUGUACUGUACUCUCUCUCUCCUAGAUCCACUCGCUGGAGGAGUCAUGUUUUUGUACUGUACUCUCUCUCUCCUAGAUCCACUCGCUGGAGGAGUCAUGUUUUUGUACUGUACUCUCUCUCCUAGAUCCACUCGCUGGAGGACAAGAUGCGAUUAGUCCACAAGAACUCAGUGGUGACUCAUCUGGGGACCACGUUCAA